UCCCUCUCCACCAUCAUGCCAGCUUACCUCGGAAACUGCCACUGCGGCGCCUUCAAGUUCACCUUCACCACCGCUGAUGAGCUCAAACACGCACAGGCCUGCGACUGUAGCAUCUGCUCCCGCAACGGAUAUGUCUUGGUCAAGGAUGGGGAGUUCGUGGCGACCAAGGGGGAUCUUCAAACGACACUUUCGUCCUACACCUUUGGAACGCGCCUGUGGGAGCACAAGUUCUGUCCGAAAUGCAGUACUUCCAUCGCAAUAAUCAACAGCAGUGAAUCGAUAACUGUAGUAAAUAUGCGCGCUAUUGAGAACAUCGACCUUGCCUCUCUCUCGAUCAACGACUACAAAGGGUCUCAAAUCGAGCCUAUUUAUCAAGCCCCAACGCACCCAGCCCCUGCUCAAGCACCUCCGCCAGAUUCAGCCGUCUACAACGGGAGCUGCCAUUGCGGUGCCGUGGCCUACACCCUCGUCCAGCCAAACAAGAUCGCAACGGUCAGCGAAUGCAACUGCAGCAUUUGCUCCCGCCACGGCGCCAGGUGGACCUAUAUCUUGGCCAGCAACCUCACCGUCCGUGGUGCGGAGACCAAGACGACGGAAUAUGACUUCAACACGAAGCAAGGGAAGCACACAUUCUGCAAAACAUGCGGGGUCGUGGUUUAUAUCCGCUUCGCUGGUCCGGAAGGCACUAAGCUAGACCCCGCCAACAGAGCGCUGAAUGUUCAGACACUGAAUGGGAUCGACCUAGAGAGUUUUGAGGUGACAAAAGCAAACGGGAAGGCGUUUCCUCCCGCAUAUGUAGUUCCCGAGUAG